AUGCUAAGACUUGAAUAGCAACAAUAAGUUACAUUCCAACCUACUCCAGAAAUACUCUAUCAUCAAGAAUUCGAAUAACCACAUGAAACUGCUAUGUACAUGUCUUUAAAUUAUCACAAAGCUAAUUAAUAGAUAUACUCUCAAGCAAAUUAGUUUAGCUAACAUUCAAAAUUAUUCGAUCUAAGAAAAAAAUACCUAAAAAAUAGAGAGGAUACUUAAAGACGUUCAGUAUCUCAUCAUAGCAGAGUACCUACUAAUCGAUCACCUCUAAAGACGCAACAGACUUAAAAAUAGUUCUCACCAAAACAAGAGAAUACUCUAGCCUAAUAAAAAAAGAAGACUACUCCUGUUUCUAAAAAUCUAGGCAGCAAUUUAAGAAAUAUUCUUAAAACAACCUAUGCUUAAUAAACCAUUUAUGAAGAAAAUCCUUAAAACGAAAAUAUUAGAAAAGAAUACUCUUAAAUUGUUGAAAUUCCACCUGAAUAUCAAUCAAUCAAUAGUUACACCUUUAUAAAAACACUUGGAAUUGGAGCGACUGCUGAAGUUAAAAUGGCCAGGCACAAAGAAUUAGAGAUUGAUGUUGCUAUUAAAAUUUAUGAUAAAAAGAAAAUGAAUAAUAUGCAUUUAAAAAAUCUCGAAAGAGAAGUAGAAAUCUUAAAUUAACUCAAACAUCCUAAUAUAAUUAACUUAUAUCAUAUGUUUGAGAAUGAUAAAUCAAUAUAUUUAAGCAUGGAAUACUCAUCCCCAUCAAAUUUAGAGAUGUUCAUGAAAGGAAGGCCAUUCAAAAGAAUUAAUGAGGAUGAAGCCAAAAUUUUAUUUCGUCAAAUUUCAAAUGCUGUUUCUUACAUGCAUGAAUAAGAUAUCUGUCAUAGAGAUCUAAAGUUUGAGAAUCUUUUAAUAGAUUAUACUACAAAAAAAAUUAAACUCAUAGAUUUUGGAUAUUCUAUCAAAAUCAAUGGAAAACAAACUUGUUCCUGUGGAACUCCAUAAUACAUGGCUCCUGAAUUAGUCAAGAAAAGCUCUUAUGAUUAAUCUGUCGAUGUUUGGGCAUGCGGAGUAAUCCUUUAUAAAAUUGUAACAGGAGUGUUCCCUUUUAGAGGAAAUUCAGAGAAGGAUUUAUCGAAAAAAAUAUGUUUAGGGAAAAUAGAGUAUCCAUCAUUCGUUUCCUUUUAAGCCAAAUAAUUAAUUUCAGCCAUGCUAAAAGUAGAUUCAAAAGAAAGAAUAACCAUGAAAGAAGUAUAAUAGAGUCCAUGGUUAUAAUGA